AUGGAAGAAACGACGCAGACGCUGCCAAAUCCGUUCGUGAAUAACAUUCAUUUCGGUGCUAGGGACAGAGUAAAAAUUGCGCUGAUGACUGUCUUCGUGUUCCCGGUUCGACUGAUGCUGGCAGCCUUUCUUAUUGGUGUUGCUUACUUGGCAGCGGUGAUCAUUUUGUUUCAGUACGAGGUGGAACUAGAGGCGCCCCUGAAAGGGUGGCGAAAACGAGGAAAGGAGUUCGUCGCACGCGUUAUGGUUUAUUUACACUUCGUCCUCGGCGUGUUUCCGGUGACAGUCAAGGGACGACGUGCCGAACCGUGGGAAGCUCCAAUAUUGGUUGUGGCGCCGCAUUCGUCUUUUUACGACGCUCUCCCAUACUGUCUACUAAACGCGCCUUCGUUUAUUGGCAAGAGUAGUUUAAUUAAUAUGCCAGUCUUCGGAAAGCUCAUUUCUUUAACGAAGCCGAUAUUAGUCAAUCGCGACAUGAAGAAAUCUCGCAAAAUGACUGCCGAGAAACUAAAGGAACGGGCCUGGAAAGUGUACAACCAGCGGAAAAACGGUAUUACUUCUCCACUGUCGCAAAUAAUGAUCUUUCCCGAAGGAACGUGUACAAAUCGAACUCAGCUUAUUCACUUCAAAGCAGGCGCUUUCGCCGCGCAGUUGCCCAUUCAACCUGUGUGUCUGAGGUGGCCCGAAUCGUCUUUGCAUACCGCAUGGACGUGGGAAGGACCCGGAAUGUAG